GAGAGAAGACGUGUUCCCUGGGAUAAGCUGUGAGGACUUCAGUCGUUGAAAGUAAAACAUGAGCGAAAACACGUGUGAUGAAGAACCAUUCAGAGCGAAUCAUGACAGCGCCGAGGAACAAAGAGAUCUGACGGAAGAACAAGAAGCCAAUGAAGAGGAUUUCACUCAUGGAGAAGAAUCUUCACGUUCCCGUGAACGAGCUCCAAGAUCUAGAGGCAAGAAGCGUUCGGGCUUCGUCUGCCGUCAGUGUGGGAAGACCUUGACAUCUAAAGGAAGCCUCACAGGUCACAUGAGAAUGCACAGCGGAGAGAAACCUUUCACCUGCCAGCACUGCGGAAAGAGCUUCACCUAUAAAACCAGCUUAAAGAUACACGCCAACGUUCACUCGGAGGUGAAGCCGUUCACCUGCCAGCACUGCGGAAAGGGCUACAUAUCUAAAAAGGGCCUGACGGAACACAUGACCAUGCACACGGGAGAAAAACCUUACGCGUGUCCAGAGUGUGGGAAGACUUUCAGCCGCAGGUUUUACAUGUACAGUCACAAGAGAUGUCACUCCAGCGAGAGGCCGUUCGUCUGUUCUCAGUGUGGAAAGAGUUUCAAAGGGGCCGCCGGUCUGAAGACCCACGAGGUUGUGCACAGCGUCCUGAAGCCGUAUCACUGCGCUCAGUGUGACAGGAGCUACAGCCAAUCCGUUUCUUUACGGAGACAUUUAAAGUCAUUCAUCCAUAAUAAAUACAGACCGCUGGAAAAAUUCAUGCUGCAGAGCGUCCCGCCAUGGACCAAUGCUUCCCAUUAAAUACCACCUCAAGCCCAGUGUUUCCAUAUUUCCACGGAUGUAUUGCUUUAUAAAAGGGGUUUUAAUGUAGUAAAUGCGGCUUGUUAUGCACCUUUUAAUGCACUGUCAUGUGUCAUGAUACAUUGUAACACUUGUCAAUUCAUUGUUACACUUUGCAUUUUUACUGGGUUGUUAUUCUUAACAGUAAUAUUUCAUGUUUUAUGAACAAUGAUAAUGCAUCAUUCUCUUUAAAUACCCUUAACAAUGCAUUCUAUAUUAAGUGUUACUGACAUUAUUUCUCUCUUAGCCCUGGUGCUUCCAUUGACAAAUGUUUUGUAAGUUGUGUAUGUGCGUCUUUCC